AUGGGAUGGAAAGGAAAGGAGAGAAAAGGGAAGGAAAGGCAAAGCAAGGCAAGGCAAGGCAAGGCAUGGAAAGACAAGGCAAGGAUAGGAAAGGCAUGGAAAGGAAAAGAAAAGCAAGGAAAGGCAAAGGAAAGGAAAGCAAGGCAGGGAAAGACCAGGCAAGGAUGGGAAAGGCAUGGAAAGGAAAAGAAAAGCAAGGAAAUGCAAAGGAAAGGAAAGAAAAGGCAAGAAGGGCAUGGAAAGGUAAUGCAAAGCAAAGCAAAGCAAAGGAAGGCAAGGCAUGGAAAGGAGAGGAAAGGAAAAGAAAGGAAGGGCAUGGAGAGGAAAGGAAAGGGAAUGCAAAGUACGGCAAGGCAAGGCAUGGAAAGGCAUGGAAAGGAAAGGAAAGGAUGGGAAAGGCAUGGAAAGGAAAGGAAAGGAAAGGCAAGAAGGGCAUGGAAAGGUAAUGCAAGGCAAAGCAAAGCAAGGCAAGGCAAGAAGGCAAGGCAUGGAAAGGAGAGAAAAGGCAAGGAAGGGCAUGGAGAGGAAAGGAAAGGGAAGGCAAAGCACGGCAAGGCAAGGCAUGGAAAGGAAAGGAAAGGAUGGGAAAGGCAUGGAAAGGAAAGGAAAGGAAAGGCAAGAAGGGCAUGGAAAGGUAAUGCAAGGCAAAGCAAAGCAAGGCAAGGCAAGAAGGCAAGGCAUGGAAAGGAGAGAAAAGGCAAGGAAGGGCAUGGAGAGGAAAGGAAAGGGAAGGCAAAGCACGGCAAGGCAAGGCAUGGAAAGGAAAGGAAAGGAUGGGAAAGGCAUGGAAAGGAAAGGAAAGGAAAGGCAAGAAGGGCAUGGAAAGGUAAUGCAAGGCAAAGCAAAGCAAGGCAAGGCAAGAAGGCAAGGCAUGGAAAGGAGAGAAAAGGCAAGGAAGGGCAUGGAGAGGAAAGGAAAGGGAAGGCAAAGCACGGCAAGGCAAGGCAUGGAAAGGCAUGGAAAGGAAAGGAAAAGCAAGGCAGGGAAAGACCAGGCAAGGAUGGGAAAGGCAUGGAAAGGAAAAGAAAAGCAAGGAAAGGCAAAGGAAAGGAAAGCAAGGCAGGGAAAGACCAGGCAAGGAUGGGAAAGGCAUGGAAAGGAAAGGAAAAGCAAGGCAAGGCAAGGCAAGGAAAGAAAAGGCAAGAAGGGCAUGGAAAGGUAAUGCAAGGCAAAGCAAAGCAAGGCAUGGGAUGGAAAGGAAAGGAGAGAAAAGGGAAGGAAAGGCAAAGCAAGGCAAGGCAUGGAAAGACAAGGCAAGGAAAGGAAAGAAAAGGAUGGGAAAGGCAUGGAGAGGAAAGGAAAGGGAAGGCAAAGCAUGGCAAGGCAAGGCAUGGAAAGGCAUGGAAAGGAAAGGAAAGGAUGGGAAAGGCAUGGAAAGGAAAGGAAAAGCAAGGCAGGGAAAGACCAGGCAAGGAUGGGAAAGGCAUGGAAAGGAAAGGAAAGAAAAGGAAAAGGCAAGGAAAGGAAAGGAAAGGCAAGAAGGGCAUGGAAAGGUAAUGCAAGGCAAGGCAAAGCAAAGCAAAGCAAGGCAAGGCAAGGCAUGGAAAAGCAAGGCAUGGAAAGGAGAGGAAAGGAAAGGGAAGGCAAAGCACGGCAAGGCAAGGCAUGGAAAGGAAAGGAAAAGAAAGGAAAGGAAAGGAAAGGAAGAACAAGAACAAGAAAGGCAAGGUAAUGAAAGGCAAAGCAAAGCAAGGCAUGGAAAGGAGAGAAAAGGAAAUGCAAAGCAAAGCAAAGCAAGACUAAGGCAAGGAUAGGAAAGUCAUGGGACGGGAAGGGAAGGGAAGGCUUGGAAAGGAGAGAAAAGGGAAGGCAUAGAAAGGCAAGGCAAGGAUAGGAACGGAAAGGUAAAGAUGGGAAAGGCAUGGAAAGGAAAGGAAAGGAAAAGCAAGGAAAGAAAAUUUAUUUAUUUACAGUAUUUAUAUUCCACCCUUCUUUCUCACCCCGAAGGGGACUCAGGGCGGAUUACAAUGAACACAUAUAUGGCAAACAUUCAACGCCAACAGACAAACAACAUAUAUAGACAGACACAGAGGCAUUUAACUUUUUUUCCCCAGCUGCAUGAUUCCGGCCACAGGGGGAGCUGUUGCUUCACCGUCCACUAGUGGCUGUACUUCCUCAUUCCUUUCCUCAUGUUUUGCUGGCAGUUUUAUGGUGUUGUAAAUUAGUUAAAUUAGCCUCCCGCAUAAAGCGUACCUAAAUUUCCCUACUUGACAGAUGCAACUGUCUUUCGGGGCUGCAUAGGUCAACAGCAAGCCGGGCUAUUUCAUGGUCGGGGGCUUUGAACUCAUGACCUCUCGGUCAGUAGUGAUUUAUUGCAGCUGGUUACUCGCCAGCUGCGCCACAGCCCGGCAAGGAAGGGCAUGGAAAGGUAAUGCAAGGCAAAGCAAAACAAAGCAAAGCAAGGCAUGGAAAGGAGAGAAAAGGCAAGGAAGGGAAUGGAAAGGAAAUGCAAAGCAAAGCAAGAAUGGAAAGGCUAAGGCAAGGAUAGGAAAGGCAUGGAAUUGAAAGGAAAGGCAAAGCCGUGUAGUCCAGCAGCAGUCCCAGCAGUCAGGGGCUGAUGGGUUCACUGAUGACUUGGAGUCAGAUGGGAUUGUGGGCUUUCCUGGGAUUCAUUCCGGUGCAGAGCCAGAAAGUGAAACUGUUUGAGGCAGAAAGGCAGGCACAGACGCAGGGCCUGGGAAUGGAAUUGCCUCUGAACCUCAAGGCCGGCCAGCCACGGGAGGUGGGAUCCUCCUCUCCAGAUAAGGAGUCUAGCCCAAUUGAUGUGAACCUCUCAUGGGAACACACCUGGUGACAUUGAGCCAGAAGGCUUGCCUGCAGAUCCGAGCAGAGAGCCAGCUUCGUAGAUCAACACGGCCUCGUAGGAAGCCACAAUUGCAGGGGAGACAUCAUGCUUUCAUGUCUGCUUAUUAGGAGCCGACGGGCUCUUUGCUCUUCAGUUCAGGCAACGUCGCUUUCAAGUUACAGCCAGGCCUGGGUCCUCUAGUUCUUUUCUUGGUUUUAGGAUUCACGUAUUCUGGGAAUUUUUCUGUGUUCAUGUUGUGUAGCCUUGUUCAAGUGUUGCUUAUGGACUGAGGCUGCUUUUGGAUUUUGGGACUAUUCUUGAACUGCCUUGCUUUUGGAUUGACAAGAGACAUUUGACUGCUGACCUUUUGGAUUCUACACCUUAAUUCUGUAUCCCUGCUUUUUUUUACUAUUGUGUGUUUUUACAACAAACUGUUUGCCUUUACUCUGGACUCUUGUGUGGUGCUCUGCUCCACUUGCACAGCCUCUCCCUUAACCCUUUCCUACCCUUUCCUAUGGCACCCAGUUAACAUGGAAAAUUCUCCCUGGGGGAGAAGAGCGGUGUAUAAAUUAAAUAAACAAAUAAACAGA